AUGAAAUUUCUCAUUGUUUUCCUUUCUACUUUUUUAUUAGUCUCCUCGACUGAUAUCAAAUUCUUGGACGAUUAUCCAGAAGCUCUCAAUUGCUUUUACAAUGCUCCAAAACAAAAAGACAGGUUGCCACUUUCUCAAGAAAUCUUGGAAGUUGGCAAAAAACGCAUAGCUGAUUGUAUUGACAAUUUUGCAAAAUCAGACAGCAAAGUUGGACAAAUUCAACAAGAACUGACUUCCAUCUUUUUGCAAGCCUAUGAAUUCAAACAAGUUGAUGAAUAUGUUUGCGGAGCGAAAGUUAAGAGUCUGCCAGUUUCCGAAUGUUUUGAAUCAACUGGAAUGAAACCUGGCGACAAUUUUUGUAACGAAGUUAUUGGGAAAGAUGGUUGUAUGCUUCCAGUAUUCGAGGAGACGUGUGGAAGUGAAUUCGUCGCAAAACUACGCAAUCUAAUUUCACAUGAUAGACGAUAUCAUGUAUGUCUUGAUUGA